CGCGAGAUCUUGUUUUAACCGGAACUGAGUCCUCGGACGGCCGUCGCUAUGGAUGCAGGAGCGUCGCAGUGCCUGAGAGCUGCGUUCAGCUGCAGUUAAGUUUGAAAACUAAUUUGUUUACACGGACUCCAGUAAUUAACAGAGAACAUGGAGGCUGAUGAUCAGCUGAAUGAACUGCGGCUUCAGUUCCAAGCACUGCAAAAACAGCAGGAGAAAAGGAAACAGGAAAGAAAAAAGGAGAAGCAAGCAGACAAGCUCAAUGUCAGUGGUGCUCAAGAUGAUUUGGAUCUGUCUAAGCAAGGUAUUCAGGCAGAUUGUGACAUUCCUCAAAACAGGCUGCUGCAAAAUACAAAUGAGACCCUGCUAGACCGAUUGAGAGAGCUGAAGGAUGAAAAUGGUCGACUUUUCAAACUUCUGAGUGAGAAGGAUUUUGAAAUUAAACACCUAAAGAAGAAAAGAGAAGAAGAAAGGCUGGCCUUAGCAGGCACGUCAGGUGUGGCAGGAGCUAUAGCUGCCGCCAAGAUCGUUGAGCUCUCCAAGAAAAAUAGAGAGCUAACUGCUGAAAUUGAACAAGAGAAGAUUAAAUCCAAGCAAAAUGGCAACAGAAUCAAAGAGCUCGAGAGAGAGCUACAGGCUGUUUCAGUACAUGGUCUGUCUGGGCAAAAGGCUGAUCCAAAGUCACCAGCUGCAAUGUCAUCUGAAGACUGUGAGCAGGACAGUCCAGUGGUCAAAUCUCUGCAGGAAAAAUUAGCAGCUGCCCAACUGAAAGUGACUGAGUACCGCAACCAGGUUCAGUCUGCCAAGCAAGAGCUGAAAAUGGCUCAGAAGGUUCUGAUUAGUGAGACUGGAGAGGAGGUCAACCUUCAGCAAUUAUUAAGCUGCCCUGGGAGCUUUAGAGGUCGAGCACAGCAGAUACUGGCUCUUCAGACAAGGGUACGGGAGCUCGAGCAGCAGCUGAACAAGUCAACUCAACAAAGGCAGUCAAGUGUUGUGAGUGGAGAAGAAGAGUUUCUGGGCAUGAGUGUCCUUCAGAAGACUCAAGAGAGAAAUCUCAACUACAUUCGCACCAUAGAGAAAGAGAAGAGGGAGGCAUUUGAGAGGCUCUCGGUGGACUAUGAGGCGCUCGUGAAAGAAUACAAAGAUGUGAAGAAAAAGAUGGAAGCCUCCAAAGCCAGGAGCAAAACUCUGUCUGCUGAAAUCAAAACUCUGAAGUUUCGGAUAUCUACCCUAGAGGAGAAGGGGAAACGUGAUGAUGAACUUGUGGAUGCUUUGUUGAAGCAGCAGAUCCAGAUGCAGACGUUGCUGAAACAACUUAGCCAAAAACAAAAUGUACAGAGCAAGGAGAUCCAGCAGAGUGCAGGACAACAGCUGAGCAACAAUCCUUCAGGGCACAGUCCUGUCAUCCAGAGAUUUAAGGAGAUACUUGCUGAGAAAGAUGCCAUCAUCAAAGAACUACAGACAACCCAUCAAUUCUCUGAGAAGAACGAUGACAUGCAUAGGCAGCCCAGCAUCCGGAUAACAAACUGUACUUCUGAUGUUUCUCCAGAAGAGGGAGGCAUUACCAAAAGAAUUCCAUCUUCAGGUUCAGUUUCUAAAUUUGGUCAUAAACUGGUGCUGCCAGCUGUGGGGAGCAACAUAGAAUUCAGAGCGAAAAUGUUGAGCCAGACAUGUUUGGAGGCAGAAGUACCAAGAGGAGCACCACAGGCCAGUGAUCCUGGAGCUGUUUGAGAGGACAAAAUUAGAUCAAAAGUAACCACUGUGCAUACAGCAUGGGAGCAAUGUCCCUCAGCACCAAGGAGUCUGAGCACCGGGAACUGUCCGCAGACAAACCUGAACGAACUGUUCAACAAUCCAGCUAGCAUUUGUAAACAUUGCAUUUCUGACUUUUGACAACACUGCCUUAAACUGGUUCUGGUUCAAGAGUUUUACUAUAAAAUUUAACCAGAUGACAGAAAUAAUGAUGUGCGGUAGCAGACACACUGCAGACAGCAGUGCUCAUUCUGCCCAUAACAUUGGGAGCUGCACAGAGAUGUUCAUGUUGUUCUUGUAUGUUGUCUCUUGGCUGGUCAUUCAGCUGGAGGAAACGCGGGCGCUGAGGGCAUCCCUAAAGAGCACUCUCCACCAUGACCUACAGCUUUCAGUGACGUGAUGAGACAAGUCAGGCAUGUUUUCCUGCAGGCUCUGUGACAGCACAGACAAGACACUAACCAGGGGAACUGGCUGGUCCCUGCUCAGCCUCACUUCCAGCUGAGACCUACCUUCUUCUGUCACAUGUGACAAACAGCAGCCUGCAGGGGAAAAAAAAGCUCUCCUCUUGAGCCACAAACAUUAUAUGACUUUCUUUCCAUUUGAGCCCCUCGAAGACAGUUUGUGACGUGCGGUCAAGUGACCUCGAUUUAACGACUUAAGUACCUUGAGUAGAACAGCCUUCAACUUAACCCUGAUGGCAUCAGACAAGUGUUCCGACUGAUUGCAGGAACGGUUGACGCUGAUAAGACGUCUCCCUGUGGUUUCACAUCUCGUCUGCUCGCUGUUUUAUAAAUGUCACUGUCACAUUUUAUUAACUAUAUGUUUGUCUUUCCUCGGCUGCUAACCUUAAAUGCAUUACAGGUAUUGAGACUAAUACUGUCUGUUUUCAAAGUAAAUAUUUUCUGUAAACCAAAGAAACAUCCAAAUUAAUCAGUGAAAAGGAACCGAAUCCUCACCAAAUAUUUUCAAUACAUUGUUUACCUUCAUGGCAAUGACUUUCGUUGAUUUUUUUUAAAAGGUUUUUUUUGGCUCCAUUUAGUUGUGAAUAAAUGUGCGACAGGCCAGGCUAAAUAGUAAUCACCGCAGUUAAGUUCCCAAAAGUUUCAAUAGUCCUAUUAAAUAUUAACAC